AUGUAUGCUGUCCAUGAGAGGUCAUCUCAGACCUGGACUUCCAGGAACCUGAAGGUGUGGACCCACUUCACACACUCGCUGUUGAUGUACAGGGGCGGUGGAUCGGUACCGUUCCUCCUGAAGUCCAUGAUGACCUCUUUGGUUUUGAUGGUGUUUAUGGCCAAGUUGUUGUAUGAGCACCAGGCUGAGAGUUUGUUGACUUCCUCUCUACAUGUGAUAGUCCUGCAGACGAAUGGAAAUGCCAUGGCCCUUCCCCAGCCAAUCGGGCGGGCGCGCCAGCACAGCCCAUCCUUCCUCCCGCAGGGCCAGCAAGGGGGCUUCAGUCACCCUCCCUGGACCCAGUGUUGUCCACAAGCCACCGCCGCAACCCCACAACCGACAUGGCACACUAAGCCCAGGGCAGGACAGGAUCCCCACCCGGAGCAGGCGAUAUCCGGCCGACCCGCUAGCACCCAGCCGGCCCGCGCCGGAGUGCAGGGAGGUUACCCGGAUAGAAAAGAGAAAAGCAAUUGUGUUUACGCUCUGUCUUCCAGCUCGAAUCAGCUGCCGCACGGAGACGAAGAUGAGGAUCUCCACGAUUCCGCUGUCAAUCAAAUGCUGGUGCCCAGGUCGCACCAGGAGGACGCCACGCUGAUUCUAAACAAUCUCCUCAAGGACUAUGACAGGACUCUUCGGCCAGACAUCGGCGUCAAGCCAACUGUCGUUGAUGUGGGAAUAUAUGUCAACAGCAUUGGGCCUGUAUCAUCCAUCGAUAUGGAGUACCAGAUUGAUAUCAUCUUCGCUCAAACUUGGGUGGACACACGCCUACGCUAUAACAGCAGCAGCAUGCGGAUUCUCACUCUCAACAGCAACAUGGUAGGCUUGAUCUGGCUUCCCGACACCAUCUUCAGGAAUUCCAAGACGGCCGACUCUCACUGGAUAACGACACCCAAUCAGCUGCUUCGAAUCCGUAACAACGGGAAAAUUCUUUACACGCUGAGGAUGACCAUCAACGCUGAAUGUCAGUUGCAGCUCCAUAAUUUCCCAAUGGACGAGCACUCGUGUCCUCUCGUCUUUUCCAGUUAUGGCUACCCACGAGAUGAAAUUGUUUACAAGUGGAAGCGAAACUCCGUGGAAACGUCAGACCAGAAAUACUGGAGACUCUACCAGUUUGACUUCAUGGGACUCCGAAACACUACCGAUGUAUUGGCCACCACCGCAGGGGACUACGUGUUGAUGACCGUGUACUUUGACCUCAGCAGAAGGAUGGGAUACUUCACCAUUCAGACUUAUAUUCCCUGUAUUUUGACUGUGGUGCUGUCCUGGGUCUCCUUCUGGAUUAAGAGCGACGCGACCCCGGCGAGGACGGCCUUAGGCAUUACCACUGUGUUGACCAUGACCACAUUGAGCACAGUGGCCCGGAAUUCCCUCCCUCGGGUCUCCUAUGUGACGGCGAUGGACCUGUUUGUUACCGUCUGCUUCCUCUUCGUCUUCGCCGCCAUGAUUGAGUACGCCAUGCUCAACUACUGCUCCUAUAGUAUACGCAGACCUCCGGCGAAGAUGCAAAAACUGACAUAUUCAUCUUUCGGCACGGGGAGGCCACCCCAUCAGCGCGUGAUGCCCACAGGCAACGCUCUCUUCUGGCAGGACUAUAACGAAGACUGUCUGGACCAGUGCCUGGAUGGGAAAGAUUGCAAGAGUUUCUUCUGCUGUUACGAGGAAUGUAAAGAAGGCGGCUGGAGGAAAGGACGCGUCCACGUCAACAUCCGCGAGCUGGAUUCCUACUCUCGGGUCUUUUUCCCCACAUCUUUCUUGCUCUUCAACAUUGUUUACUGGGUCAGCUACCUCUACCUUUAG